ACAUUUUCUUUUCUAUUAGGAGGGGCGAAGUCUUCGGCGCGUUUAUUUCUACACUGUUUUGAUCCAGAGGCUUGGAUUCACGUGUUCAGUUAUUUCUUCAGAGUAACUGUUGGAAAAGCGGGUGUUUAAAGUACAGUGCUAAAAAGUUCCUUCGCCACUGUGGUAUUGUGCAGCUUAAGAAACAGGUUAAUAUGUCCCCUGAGAUUGCAUUGAACAAAAUUUCUCCAGCACUUUCUCCAUUUAUUUCUUGUGUGAUCAGGAAUGGAAAAAUUGGUCUGGAUGCUACUAACUGUUUACGAAUAACAGAUCUGAAGUCUGGGUGCACAUCCUUAACUCAAGGACCUUGUUGUGAUCGAUUUAAACUGCACAUCCCAUAUGCUGGAGAAACACUAAAAUGGGAUAUUAUUUUUAAUGCGCAUUUUCCAGAACUGCCUCCAGAUUUUAUCUUUGGAGAAGAUGUGGAUUUUCUACCAGAGCCUUCAGCACUGCAUCAUUUAGCUUGCUGGAAUCCUGAUGAUCCUGAGUGUCUCUUGAAGAUUAUAAAGGAAUUAGUACAGCAGUAUCAUCAGUACCAGUGCAGUCGGCUACGAGAGAGUUCCCGCCUCAUGUUCGAGUAUCAGACUUUGCUUGAGGAGCCACAGUAUAGUGAAAACAUGGAAAUUUACGCUGGAAAGAAGAAUAACUGGACUGGCGAGUUUUCAGCACGCUUCCUUUUGAAAUUGCCUCUGGAUUUUAGCAACAUUCCCACCUACCUUCUCAAGGAUGCCACUGAAGACCCCGGUGAAGAUCUUGCUCUUUUAACUGUCAGUUUUGAAGAUGCUGAAGCCACUCAAGUAUUUCCAAAGCUUUUUCUUUCACCACGGAUUGAACAUGCUCUUGGUGGUGGUUCUGCUUUACAUAUACCAGCAUUCCCCAACGGUGGCUGUCUUAUUGACUAUGUUCCUCAGGUGUGCCAGCUCUUGAACAACAAGGUGCAGUAUGUAAUACAAGGGUAUCACAAAAGAAGAGAAUACAUUGCAGCUUUCCUUAGUUAUUUUGGAACAGGUGUUGUUGAAUAUGAUGCAGAAGGGUUCAUGAAGCUCACACUGUUACUGAUGUGGAAGGACUUCUGUUUCCUAGUUCAUAUUGAUCUGCCACUGUUUUUCCCACGUGACCAGCCUUCUUUGACAUUUCAGUCCGUCUAUCACUUCACCAACAGUGGGCAACUCUACUCCCAAACCCAGAAAGACUAUCCUUACAGCCCACGGUGGGAUGGAAACGAGAUGGCAAAGAGAGCAAAAGCAUUCUUCAAGACGUUUGUUCCUCAGUUCCAGGAGGCAGCAUUUGCCAACGGGAAGCUCUAGAGAAGAAUUAAAAAAGCUAAUGUUUUCCAAAUCAAAAUACAUCUGAGGAUGCUACCACAUCCGCAGGAAAUCAGCAGGAUAACUUCAUAAAAGCAGUGUGCCUCAUCAGAAACUCUAGUGCUAAACGCAGUCUUCCUAAUCUUCAGUUUGAGAAAAAUUAUUUUUGUUUUAGUUAACAUGUUUCAUAGGGUUAAAGUAUGUAUUAUAUGUACAUAAGCAGUUGGUAUAAUGAGUCAUAAAGUUGCAUACCAUCAGUUCAGUUUCAAAAAAUUAAUCUGUUAUCUGUUUGAAAAUUUAACCCAGUUAAACCCAGUAAAACAUGACCUAAAAUAUAUAAAUACGAUGAUAGUGUCAAGAAAGAUAAAUGCUGAGCUGAUUUUACGUACACAUGGAAAUGUUUUGUUUUGUGUAAUCUAAAGGCAGUACCAAAUUAAAUACAGCUGGAAAAUAAUAAGAGGAUGCCAGCUAUUCUUUCUUCAGAUUCUAUAAAUGCAUUUUUGACACAGAAUAAAUGGAAUUUCAGUCUUGA